UGUGCUGUCUGUAGUUUCCGGGUUUGUAACUUUCGUCGUUUGGUCGUCUCGGAGGAGAAUCAUGUCAUCAGCCUACGACACAGUUCAGAAAGGCAGCCUCAAGCUGAAGGGCACUGACAAUGGCGGGAUCAAGAAAAAGAAGAAGAAGAAGAAGGAAAAGAAGCGGAUCUUAGAACAGAUCACCAGCAAGGAGGCAACAAGUGAGGAGGGAGUGGAAAGGAGCAAAAAGGUGGACAACCGGACGCCGGCACAGCGUAAGUUUGCGGAGGUGCAGGAGAGACGGCAGAUGGAGCGGGUGAUGAACAAGGCGGCGUUGACCCACAAGCAGCGCGUGGAGUCAUUCAACAAGCACUUGGACAAGCUCACGGAACACUACGACAUCCCCAAAGUCAGCUGGACCAAGUAGACGUGAACUGGACUGUCUGGAGUGCUGCCAGUGCUGACAGAAGCUUUUAGAACCGUUUAGGGGUUUUCUUUUACACAACCAAACUAUUCCCUACCUUGCUUACAUUUCAGUGUCUAUCAGGCACCUUCCUCAGAGCUUCUGACUGGAGUUCUGCUUCUCGACACUAUAUGUAGCCAAUGUACAAUGUAGGUGGUGCUUUUGCAGUUAGAACACAAUCUCAAACGUCCCAAUCCCAAAUGUACAUGUAAGCAGGGUAGGAAUAGUUUGGUUGUGUAAAGAAGACUGACCCCUAUAUCCUUUACUCUACUAGCCUGAUGAAACUACAUGUACUUUCAGAAGCUUUUAGAACCAUGCAGUAAUCAAACAGUCCAUUAGGGCUGCCUGUGGGUCCACCUCUGUGUCUGUGAUGGUAUUCGUUUGGCCAAUUGCCCAUGCAGUUGAAAAAUACAGCUGUGGAUUUUCUAUCCACCUCCUAUUGUACAGAUAAACAUGUCAUAUACAUUGUGUACUAGUAACACUAGAAAAUGGACUCAGUUCUUAGAUCUUCUCCGAGUGUGUCAUCAGUCCUUCCAUGAGGGCUGCCAGCUGAUCAGUGUUUGCAAAUAGCUGUGGGCUUAGAAUAUAAAGUACUAGUAAGCAGAAGUUUUCAUGCAAACCUGUGUGUUGUUGCAGU